GUAUUUUUUCUGGGUGACUUGCUUGUUCUUGACUUAGUUAACGGCUGCAUAUUCACCAAACAGCACCUGUACCUCGAAGAGUGUCUGGUGGAAUAGUGCUGUUUCCACAUUCAGUGCUUUUUAAAGUAAUGCCAUGGAGAAACUGCAGAGUGGCUAUAUGUAUAAGUCCCCUAUGUCUGGUCCUCAGGUUAUGAAAUCAUGGAAACGGCGAUUCUUUACGCUCCUCAAGAUGAGUGAUAAUGUUCACCACCUGAAGUACUAUGAACAUGACAAGACCGACAAACCUCUGGGCUCAAUGGACAUGUCUGAGGUGCUGCUAGUGUUGUUCUGCCCAGAGAGCCACAACAUGUGGGGAUGGAUUCACAAGAACUUUGGGCGUCCAGCCUCCUGUGUGCUCCUCCUGAAAACAGCAGACCGAGACUAUUUCCUCAUUGGAGAUAACAGCACAGAAAUGGAUGAUUGGUAUAAAAUCCUGUUAAAAACUCAGAGACAUCAGCCAACCAGGGAGGUCAUGUCUGAGAAAUGUGAAAAGUGCGACAAGAAGGAGGAGCUCGAUGGCUACAUGGAAAUGGCAGUAGUAUCUGAAUUCAUGAGAAAUGCAGUUGAGAAGACAUCUUCAGAAAUGGAGUUCCCUCCAGUGUCUGCAGAGGGCGGUGUACUAGCAUCAGUUGCACAGGCCCUUCAGGAGCUGGAUAGACCAGACCACUCAGAAUCACAGGCAAAAAAAGAGACAGACAAUCCAAGUGAGCUUCUGACCCCAGUAGAAAUGGACGUCUGUGUAAGUAAGGAUAAUUUGAAGAGGCAUCUAAGUCUAACUGAAGAGGAAAAGGCAUGCUGCAACGAGACAGCGGACAUACUGCUGGUGGGAGAUGAGAUCCUCGCCAUCAACGACAUUAAUGUUGACAAUUCACAAGAGGUGGAAAAGUAUCUCAGCAAACUACAGAAGAAUGAGGUGAAAGUGACUGUCCGGAGGCUCUCUCAAAACACAGAGGACGUAAUCUCUUCCAACUGAAAUAACCAUGAGAAUUUAUAUUUGCAUGUUCAGAUCAUUCAGCCCUUUUAUUGGCAAAGUUGUGUUAUUUUCAACACAAGUUGUGUUAUUUUCAACACAUAUUGUGUACUGUAACAAAUAAAAAAAUAAAAAAAAUAUCUGGAUACUGAGAUAUGUUAAAAACAAUGCAAGUUCUUAAUACUUUUACACAACUUCAAGGGCUGCUGCCUCUUCCACUGCAACAUUAAAUCAAUCAAAGAGCCCUUGAAGUAGUUCUGCAUUGGCUACUACAA